UGCUCUUGGAAAUGAAACGUCACCAAAAUCCAAGAUGGAUUCCGCAGUUCUUGAAGCAUCCCUGUACACAGUUAAAGCGAUUGCCAUUCUGGAUAAUGAUGGUGAACGAGUAGUUGCGAAGUACUAUGAUGACCAAUACCAAACCACAAAGGAACAGAAAGAGUUUGAAAAGAAUCUUUUCAACAAAACACACAGAGCAAAUGCUGAAAUUAUAAUGUUAGAUGGCUUGACGUGUGUGUAUAGAAGUAAUGUGGAUCUCUUUUUUUAUGUUAUGGGUUCUUCCAAUGAAAAUGAGUUGAUUCUUGUAAGUGUUCUAAAUGCCUUCUAUGAUGCAAUCAGUCAGCUGCUGAGGAAGAAUGUGGAAAAGAGAGGCCUAACAGAUAACUUGGAUGGUGUUUUGUCAAUACUUGAUGAGAUUGUAGAUGGAGGGGUAAUAAUGGAAUCUGAUGCUUCUUCAAUAUUGCAGAGAGUUGCCAUCAAGAAUGAUGAUGUACCAAUCACAGAGCAAACAGUGGCCCAGGUUCUCCAAACUGCAAAAGAUCAACUAAAGUGGUCUCUUCUGAAGUGAUCCCUUUUAUUUGGGAAUUCUAUCCAAUAUUGUUCUAUUUAGAAAAAAAUGCAGACACUGUAGUUAGGCAUCUGCUUUGGAUCUUUAGUUAUCUAAAUUCUGCUUUGGUUUUCCUAUUGAACUGGUCUUGUGGAAAAAAAUGUCAUCAUACUGUAACAAAGGAGAUGUAAAAACAGCAGAGUGAAAGUAAUCAUUAGUUUUUUUAAAUUUUUUAAACUUUUUUUUUUUAAGUUCUGCUAAUGUUUAUUUGGUUGUGGCAAGGUGUUAGGCAUUCAGGAAAGAAAACUAUGCUGGAGUACUGUUCUUUUCCUUGUUUUUCAAAUAUGUUCUGUUAACUGUUGACUUUUGGAACCACUACUGUCAGGAGGGUCACUAAAACAAAACUGACCAGUCAUCUUACUGGAAAGAAACAAUGCUUCCAACUUAAUUUGACUAUGCCAAUCAGUAUUCAGGACCCGAGCAAGCAAAGAUGGCAAAUAAUUCAGGUGGGCUUCUUAAUUUGUUUUCAGUGAUGAGACUGGUCAGUUUUGUUCAUGUAUCUUGCGUUACAGAAGGUUCCAUUUAGGUAUGCUACUAGCAAUGUAUCUUUUGGUUUUUUUUGUUUUUGUUUUAGCCUAACAGGUCUAUCAGUUAGCCUGUGAAGUUAGACAGAUUCGUGACUGCAUUGCAAAACAGCAAACUUUAUUGUAAAGAUGGUGUGACUUAGUCUCAGACAGAAAGUAUGAUCAUAAGGUAGAAAUAAUAAUAAUAAAAUGGAACUUUAAAUGGUA